AUGGCUGAGUGGAAGAAAGAAACCGAUUUCACAACCAUAGAUGCUCUUCAUAAAGAUCUGAGCAAUCCGCCUAGCCGAUUCCAUGAUCAGUCACUCAAGUCAACUGAAGAUGAGAUUCUAAACUUUUAUCACGGCUUCGGCAACUUCCUAAAUCACGUGAGCCAUACAGAUGCUGCCGCAGGAAAGCAGUUCUUUGAAUUACAGGAUUACUCCAUCUUUGACCUCAUGGGCACGGUAUCGCGACCCAACCUAGAGCCGCACUACGACCACAUCACCCCAUACCUGGGAAAAACAAAUCAGCAAUUUAAAGAGGUCGAGAUUGUCGCAGUCACCAAAGAUUUUGGCUACAUCAUGGCCGUCCAACGUGUUGAUGGGACUGCAGCCGACGGAUCGCCAUACGACUUUUCAUUCCGCUCCACUUCUCUGGUCCGCAAGAUUGAUGGGACUUGGAAAUUCGUCCAUGAGCAUUACUCGUUUCCAGUCGACAUGGCAACGAAAAUUGCCGACUUUACGGGAAAGCAAGGGGCCACAGAGUCUGUUGAAUUCAAGAAGAAAGGAGAAAAAGACGGCCAAUAA